ACCGUCGAGCAACCUAGACGACGGCACGGGGCGGGGGUCUGCGCGCGGGGGUGGGACCGGAGGGCGCGGAUGCCGACGGUUCAGGGCGUCUGAGUGGGCCGGGGCCAUGAGUGCCGCCCGGCCCCAGUUCAGCAUCGAUGAUGCCUUCGAGCUGUCCCUGGAGGACGCGGGCCCUGGGCCCGAGUCCAGCGGGGUCGCCCGCUUCGGGCCGCUGCACUUCGAGCGCCGGGCCCGGUUCGAGGUGGCCGACGAGGACAAGCAGUCCCGGCUGCGCUACCAGAACCUGGAGAACGAUGAGGAUGGAGCCCAGACCUCUCCGGAGCCGGAUGGGGGAGCCAGCACCAGGGAUUCUGGCCGAACAUCCAUCCGCAGCUCCCAGUGGUCCUUUAGCACCAUCAGCAGCAGCACUCAGCGCUCCUACAACGCCUGCUGCAGUGCUGAUCCUGACCGGCGUGGGACUGGAGGUGGCCCCCUCGCCAGGUGUCUCCAGCGCCAUCUUCUUCGUGCCGGGCUUCCUGUUGCUGGUCCCGGGAGUCUACCACGUGACCUUCAUCUACUGCGCGGUCAAGGGCCACCGGGGCUUCCAGUUCUUCUACCUGCCCUACUUCGAGAAGUGAGCAGGCGGCGGCGGACGGCGGGAUCCAUCGUCGGCGCCGAGAGGCCCCGCGCGGCCUCCUCGCGUCCCUAGGGGGCGCCCCUGGGGCCCGCGCCCCGCUUCGGUACCUUCAUCUCAAGGAAAAAGACGCUGCGGGACCCUCGAGGCCCCAGUCCCCUCAGGAGUUUGCUCCGGAAGUUUGGGGCAGUGGGCCUCGGGCCACUACCUGGGCCUGGGAAAGUCGCCCCUUCCGUGCUCCGUGCCUUAACUUAUUCUUGGGGGGCUGCUGGGUUGGUGGUGUUCUGUGCUAAUAAAAGG